AUGACCGUCGUCGAGUCAGUAAAGAGCGCCGUUGGGCUUGCGGAGAGCACCUCGGCUACUCGUCAAGAAAUGUCCGAUGCCCGUCUUCCUCUUCAAUAUCGCGAUUCUUGCGCCGGCCUCCUGAUCCCAUUGAACCGAUGCCGACAGCAGGAGUACUACCUUCCGUGGAAGUGCGAGGAGGAGAGACACAGCUACGAAAAGUGCCAAUAUGAGGAGUUCAAGAAGCGCGUCGCCAAGAUGGACGAACUCCGAGCUGCAAAGGACGGUGCCCGGAGCAAUUGA